AUGUUGUGGUUGAGGUGCUCGGUGAUACUACUCUGUGCCACGAUUUCUGUCAGUGGAUUUGCACUCCUCAGUUUGGGUGUGUGGGUGUUGUAUGGAGUAAGCACAUUUGUCGUGGUUCUAGAGCCAUAUUCUGCCCAGCUCACCAAUAUCAGCUACAUAUGCAUAGGUCUGGGAGCAAUACUAUUUCUUAGUGGCCUCACCGGCUGCUGCGGGGCCUGGAAUGAGAAUCGCUGCUUGAUCAUGCUGUUCUGUGUCAUAAUGACGAUGCUGUUUCUGGUACAAAUUGUCAGCACUGUUUUCAUAAUGGCGUACAGAGAAUUGGUGGGUCUAAUGGUGCGCCAGGCCUUUAAGACAUCUCUAAAGGAAUUCUAUAUGGGUCCAGGUGCAACUGAUCCUGUCUCCAUUGCAUGGAACACUGUAAUGAUCAAAUUUAAAUGUUGUGGUUUUGAGAAUUCCACUGCAGACUUCAGGAACUCUGUGUUCAGCUCAACAACAGGGCAGCUGUAUCCCAGAACAUGCUGUGUGAACAAGAUACAGCCCGAGUGUGAUGGAGUCAGUGUUGUCCCUCAUCUCAUCCAACCUAAGAGCUGUUUUGGCACAGUGAUAGCAGCAAUUCAAGAGCAGAGUGCAAUGCUGGGAGCAACAGGAGGAGGUAUAUGUAUUCUAGAGUUGGCAGCCAUGUGCCUGGCCAUGACUUUGUUUGUGAAACUGAGCGUUAUGCAGUACAGUCACAGUGAAGGACGAGCACCGUAG